UUGAAUAAAAAAUUAAUUAAUUUUCUUUAAAUAAAAAAUUGACUAAUUUUCUUUAAAUAAAAAAUUAAUUAUUCGUUUUAAAUAAAGAAUUUUUUUUUUGUUAUAGGGGUUUCGGAAAACAGGGAUACCAGUGCCAAGUUUGUAGUUUUGUAGUACAUAAACGGUGCCAUGAGUACGUUUCAUUUACGUGUCCUGGUGCUGACAAAGGAGCUGACUCUGAUGCAGCGAAAACGGCUCACAAAUGGGAUACUUUCACGUACUUGACGCCGACUUUCUGCGACCAUUGCGGCUCAAUGCUCCACGGUAUUGCUCACCAGGGGCUCAAGUGUUCAGCAUGUGACAUGAACGUCCACAAAAGGUGCGAAGAGAGCGUACCUAAUCUCUGCGGAUGUGAUCACACAGAAAGACGUGGCCGUAUCGCCCUUCAUAUAAUUGCAGCUGGAAAUAAACUUACUGUUGAAGUUCAGCGAGGAAGAAAUCUCAUUCCAAUGGAUCCAAACGGAUUAUCAGAUCCUUAUGUAAAGCUUAAAUUAAUUCCCGACACGGAUGGAGUGAAAAAAAAAACAAAGACAAUCAAAGCAUCUUUAAAUCCAGAAUGGAACGAGACAAUCACUUUCGAUCUAAAAGCCGAAGACAAGGACAGGAGACUCUUAAUAGAAGUCUGGGACUGGGACAGGACGUCGAGGAACGACUUUAUGGGUUCAUUGUCCUUCGGUAUUUCGGAAUUAAUAAAAGCCCCCGCCAACGGGUGGUACAAGCUGCUCACGCAAGAAGAGGGAGAGUUCUACAACGUCCCCGUGCCCGAGGAAGGCGUCGAUCUAGCGGAGCUUAAAUUAAAAAUGAGGAAAACUUCAGUUACAAAGAAAACGCCGACACCGCAAGACAGAGAAGUACCUCACAAUAUGGGUAAAAGUGAUUUAAUAAGAGCCUCGGACUUUAACUUUCUUAUGGUACUUGGAAAAGGAAGUUUCGGUAAAGUUUUGCUGGCUGAACGCAAGGGUACGGAUGAAUUGUACGCGAUUAAAAUAUUAAAGAAGGAUAUUAUUAUUCAAGACGAUGAUGUCGAGUGUACGAUGGUGGAGAAACGUGUUCUUGCAUUGUCGCACAAGCCACCGUUUCUUGUUCAACUUCAUUCCUGUUUUCAAACAAUGGAUCGGCUGUACUUUGUAAUGGAGUACGUAAACGGGGGAGAUCUUAUGUUCCAAAUACAGCAGUGUGGAAAAUUCAAAGAGCCUGUAGCAGUAUUUUACGCGUCUGAAAUAGCCAUUGGACUUUUCUUCCUUCAUUCUCGCGGAAUAGUCUAUCGUGAUUUAAAAUUAGACAAUGUCCUGCUGGAUCAGGAUGGGCAUAUUAAGAUUGCCGAUUUUGGUAUGUGCAAAGAAGGCAUUACUGGUGAUAGAACGACCAAAACAUUCUGUGGAACACCUGAUUACAUUGCUCCUGAGAUAAUUCUCUACCAACCAUACGGAAAAUCAGUAGACUGGUGGGCGUACGGAGUAUUACUGUAUGAAAUGCUGGUAGGUCAGCCACCAUUUGACGGUGAAGAUGAAGAAGAAUUGUUCGCAGCAAUAACUGAUCACAGCGUUAAUUACCCCAAGAGCUUAUCGAAGGAAUCUAAAGAAGCUUGCAAAGGCUUUUUGACAAAGAAUCCAAGUAAAAGAUUGGGAUGUGGGCAUCGUGGUGAAGAUGAUCAAUAA